CCCCCCCCGUCCGUCAACUUCCGGCGGGUAGGUGGGCGCGCACCGUGUAACGACCGUCCUGGUGCUCACGGUCGGUAGGCGGUGGCGGCGUGUGGAUGGCGGCCUCGACCCCCGGCCGGGCGCGGCGGGGCUGGCGGCAGACCCGAGCCACGCACUCCCAGCUCUCUCGGGCCGCGGUGGUCUUCCUACUGUCCGCCUUAGUCGGGCGGGCGCCCACGUCAGUUGGAUAUUUGAUUCGAUUACCAAGAGCUUUUCACUUGACCCAAGAUUCGGUGAAAAUAGUGGGAUCGUCAGAUCAUCCAGUGAAAGUAUAUGUCAUGCUCCAUCAAAAGAGUCCACAUGUGCUUUGUGUAACCCAGCAACUGCGAAAUUACGAAAUGAUAGACCCAACAUUCCAAUGGCAUGGGCCAAAAGGAAAAAUUAUUUCAGAAAACAGCACUGCACAAAUAACAUCUACAGGAAGCCUUGUAUUCCAGAACUUUGAGGAGAGUAUGACUGGAGUUUAUACAUGCUUCCUUGCAUAUAAACCUACUGUGGAAGAAAUCAUUACAAAUCUUCAACUGAAAUAUGUUAUAUAUGCUUAUCGUGAACCUCAUUAUUAUUACCAGUUCACAGCACGGUAUCAUGCAGCUCCCUGCAAUAGUGUGUAUAAUAUUUCUUUUAAGAAGAACCUUCUUUGGAUUUUAAGCCAAAUUGUUCAUCACGUUUCAUGUGAAGUUUCUUUGCUUAAGUCUGAAUGCCAUCGUGUUAAAAUGCAGAGAGCUGGGGUACAAAAUGAAUUGUUCUUUACAUUUUCAGUUUCAUGUCUAGAUACUAAAAAAGGAUCCAAGCCAUGUGCAGACCAUAAUUGUGAUGCUACCAAAAGACUAUCUAAGGCUAAAAAUCUCAUAGAGAGAUUUUUUAAUCGACAAGUGGAAACUCUAAGCACACUUGCAAAACGAUUGCCUGAAAUAUACUAUAUUGAAGGUACUCUCCAAAUGGUUUGGAUUAAUCGCUGCUUUCCGGGGUAUGGAAUAAAUACCCUAAAACAUCCAAAAUGUCCUGAGUGCUGCGUAAUCUGCAGCCCUGGAUCAUACAACCCCCGUGAUGGAAUUCACUGUCUUCAAUGCAAUAGCAGCCUGGUGUUUGGAGCAAAAACAUGCUUAUAGACCAUUAUUUUGAGUUCUUUGGUGGUUUAUUAAACACAAAAGUAUAUUUUGAAAUAUUAAUGUAUAAUAAACCACUAUGAUGCCAAAAUUAAA